GGCCGCGUGCCGGAGCCCGGAGCCCGCCCGGCUCUGCGCAGACCAAGCAGAAAAUGCGAAUGCGCUGGCAGACACCGCCCGGACUGCACGCCACGGCUCGUGAGCCCUCAGCGGGGUCCCUGGGCUGCCACCCCCUGAGCUGAGACGUGCGCAGAGCCAGGCGCAGGUAGAGGAGGCCCGUCAGGCCACGGUACGGGCCGCAUCCGUAAGAGCUCCGGGCAGCGGGGUGGACGAGCCAGGGAGGCGCCUUCUCAGCCAAACCUGCAUCUCCCCACUUUAGAUUGGCUGUAGCCAAAAAUCGCCCUAAAUGAGCCGUCUUGGUCAAAGGCAGGCCACCUGGUGGAUGCCCCUUCCUCGGUUGCUGGCCGCAUCAGGUCAAGCGUCCACCCUGGGCCGGGAGCUCCCAGGGCCGGCGGUGCGGGGCCACACGCAUCUGGAGGCCGGCGUGAGGCCUGGAGUGAGAGGUGGCCACUCGCAGGGGCGAGGUCAACACCGGGCCAGGGCUGCUGUGGCCCCAAGGCUCCCCACGUGGGGUUCCGAGAGCCCCGACGAGCUCUCUUCGGGCCUCGGGCUUUGGUGUGAGGUUCUCCCGGGUGCCAGACCGAUGCUGCUCCCCACCCCCCAACCCCCCACCCCCGACCCGGGACCAUGGGCCGUGCCCCUGCGGCCUGCCCGCCGCCAGCCCCGCGUGCCCCAGCUGGGCCCCGUGGGCGCAGCCCCCACCAACCGGGGAGACAGGAGAGCCAAGUGCCUGGCAGGGCUGUGGGAGCAGGCACAGCAGCAGGGUCAGCCCAGCCCUGGCCGAGUUUCUAGAGGGAGCCGGGCACAUCCUGGCUCCCAGGUGGGAGGCCCUUCCUCACUGGCACAGAGCCCCAUCUGUGGUCCCCUCCUUGGGCUCCGGGGUGUCCCAGGGUGGGUGUGGCUGUGCGCACGCGAAAGCAGGGGACUUAGGUGCAGGAACAGAGCCUGAUUCUCAGGGUGUCGGGCAUGUCUGAGGCCGGACACGUCUGUGGUGCAGUCACAGCCCCAGGCCUUUGGAGACCCUGCUCCGCCCUGCCCACCGACACUGGGUUUCCCAGGCACUCAUCCGAAGGCUCCGUGCUGCCCAGGCAAGAAGAGUCAGACGCCGAUCUGUCUCUUGGGUUCAUUUUUGUUAAUGAUUUUGUUUUCUUUUUCUUCUUGUCUUAGUUUAAUUAAUGAAGGUCUUUAAAGCAAGGGACAAAAGCUGUUGGUUGUUACCCUAAAAGUGCCGGAGGGCCCUGCCUGCUUCCAGAGGGUCUUGGGGACGCUGCCCAUCGUGGGGGAUGGGUGGCCAGAUGUCUCAGCAGCUUGAGACCAGAGAGGAGGGGAGGCUGCUCCCCAAGAGCACGGGUCUGUGCGUAUGGUACGGAGCAGAGGGACACACGGGGCCUCUGCCGCCCUCACCCCGCCCCCCAAACCCACCCCCGCGUGUCCCGCAGCUGCGCGGUGGAUGCUCUGCAGGCUAUGCUGCUCCGGGGGGGUAAUGAGGACGUGGUGCGGCGUGUGGAGCUGGAGGGGGGCUGGCAGCUGCUCAGGACCUCAGCAGGACACGAGGAGGGGGUCACCCGGCUGGCCAGCGCCAUGGCCAAGUGUGCAGGCCCCCGGCUGCCCCUGGUGAUGAAGGCGCUCGUGUGCACACAGAGCAGUGUGUAUGAGAUCCAGAGGGUCACCUCCACGGCGUUCCUGGCCGAGCUGCUCAACAGCAACGUGGUGAACGACCUGAUGCUUCUGGAGUCGCUGCUGGACAACCUGGCAGCGCGGCAGAAGGACACGAGUGCCAGCGUGCGGCGGCUGGUGCUGCGAGGCCUGGCCAACAUCGCCUCCAGCUCCCCGGAGAAGGUGCAGGCCCACGGCCCCCAGCUCCUGACAGCCAUGAUCGGCGGGCUGGACGACAGGGACGACCCUCACAGCCUGGUGGCCCUGGAGGCCAUGGUGGGCCUGGCAAGGCUCCUGGAGCUGGUGAAGCGCCAGGACCUGCGCUCCGUGCUGCUGCACGUUGCCAUCCGGAUCCGGCCCUUCUUCGACAGCGAGAAGACGGAGCUCCGCUCUGCGUCCAUCCGCCUCUUCGGGCACCUCAACCAGGUGUGCCACGGGGGCUGUGAAGACGUCUUCCUGGAGCAGGUUGUUGCUGGGCUGGUGCCCCUGCUGCUGCACCUGCAGGAUCCCCAAGCCCCUGUGACCAACGCCUGCAGGUUCGCCCUGCGCCUGUGCGGCCCCAACCUGCAGCAUGAAGAGCUGGCGGCCGUCUUCCAGAAGCACCUACAGGAGGGCCGGGGCCUGCACUUCGGGGAGUUCCUCAACGCCACCUGCAAGCUCCUGAUGUACCACUUCCCGGAACUGCUGGGCCGCCUGGCGGCCACCAGCCUCUUCUACUUCAAGAGCAGCUGGGAGGACGUCCGUGCUGCCGCCCCCAUGCUCAUGGGGUUCCUGGUACUGCACGCAGAGCCGGAGCACCAGCCACAGGUGGACCUGGAGCAGAUCACGGCAGUGGCUCCCCGUCCCCCAGCGCUGCAGCUCCUGCUCAAGGACCCAGCCCCCCUGGUGCGCGCGAAGGCUGCCGAGACCCUGGGGCGCCUGGUCAAGUUCGCCUGAGGCUCCCGCGGCAGUGCCAGCCCGGGUCUGCGCCUGAACCCCCACGAUGGGGCCCUGAGGAGCUCCCUGCUACCAAGGGUCCAACCCCUGCCAUUCCAGACAAGGAAUGGAGGCCGGGAGGGCAGGCAAGCUGCUGUAACCCCUGGUUUCCAAUAAAGCCAUCCGCUCCUCAGCA